UUUCCAAAGUUUGCCGAAAUUGUUAAUUUAGUGUUGAAUGAUGGAACUCACAGAACAGGACAGGUUUUGGAAGUUAGUGGGUCUAAAGCUGUUGUUCAGGUUUUUGAAGGAACGUCUGGAAUUGAUGCCAAACACACACUAUGUGAAUUUACUGGUGAUAUCUUACGUACACCUGUAUCAGAAGAUAUGUUAGGUCGUGUAUUCAAUGGUUCUGGAAAACCUAUUGAUAGAGGACCUCCUGUAUUAGCAGAAGAUUAUCUUGAUAUUCAAGGUAAUACAUUACUCAUGCAUGAUACAUGCAUGCAAACAUACAUUUUCAUAAUGAGAAAUGUUCAGAUAUAUAUUUGAACAUUUCUCAGCUUCUUUUAAAAUAAUGGUUAA